AGACAACAGGAGGACCCUUGGUCUCUGUACAUAAUUGUAGAUGCUCCAUCCAUUUGGGCCACCACUGUCCUCAAGUUAGAAGCCGAUUCAGACACAAUCCACCCCGUUCUGCCUUAUCAAUCGCACUUGGCAACACUCUGACAUCAUCAACCCCAAACUUUUUUUCCCACCCCUAUCUCACUAUUACGACCGAUAUCGUCAUCUGGGCCGAGCUAUAUUGAAAGCCCGCUCUGCAGUCAAGACCACGACAAGAGAAUCAAGUAAAACACAACUCACGUCCACGAUAGCCAAUUACAACUCACAUUUCCCGAAACCAAAGCUCGAACUUUCCACAAAACCGCAAUCAUGAGAGUCAUCAGCAAAGAAGAAGAAGCCGCCCACUACAGCGCAACCAUAAAGGGAGGCUUGGUCGGCGGUAGCGUCGGCCUGGCGCUGGGUCUCGCAGGCGUCGUGGGCGCUUCCAAACGGUACGCCGCCUUCCGGUCGCUGACGCUGCCGUUCCGCGCCUUCCUGGUCACGUCGUCGGGCACCUUUGGUGCUAUCACGGUGGCGGAGCGGUACAGUAUCGCGUUCGCCAAGCAGCAGGACCCCAUGAACUUUUACAAGGACGAGUCGACGCGCGUGCUCGAGGAGGCGCGCCAGCAGGCCUCGCAGAUGCAGCGCCUCAAGGACUGGGGCCGCGAGAACAGGUACACUAUCGUCUUCGCCAGUUGGCUGGCCAGCAUGGGCGUCGCCCUCGCCGCUGUCGGCAAGGACAAGUACCUCACCACCGCCCAGAAGCUGGUCCAGGCCCGUGUCUAUGCUCAGGGUCUGACCCUGGCCGUCCUCAUCGCCACCGCGGUGUUCGAGACGGCUGAUGCCAAGAGCGGCAGGGGAAGGUGGCAGACCGUCAUGGUUGUCGACCCCAACGACCCGGAGCACAAGCACUUGAUUGAGAAGAAGAUCCACAAGGAGGAGUACGAGGGACAGGAUCUGUGGAUGGAUAUGGUUGCCGCUGAGGAGAAGAGGAUAGCCAACCAGAAGAAGGUCCGCGAAGAAGCCGCCGCCAAGGUCAAUGGCGAGGCCAAGAAGGAAAACUCGGGGAAGACCGAAGCUGCCUCGGCAUAAAUGACCAUCCUUCCAGCCAAAUAUCAUUUUUUUAUGGUUUUUCUUAUCAUUGUUACACGCCUAACAUCCCUACAGGCCUCUAUCGGGCACAUGAGACAUCUCUACUCACCCAAGAGCAUUAUAAACCUACCCAAGAAGACGGACCCGAGUUUCUCGUGCCGCAGAGAGAAGGAUAACAGUUUAUAGAUGGUGUCUGUAAAUAUAGACAAAAGGCGUAUGGUGGCGUUUUGGGAAGCAUUUUUGUACGUUCCCGGUCUUAACGCGGGAGCGGGAGCGUAAAUGGCUUAAUGGCGUCUAAUCUGAAGGUGUUGACCUCAGAAAUCGGAUGUAUGGUUGGCCUAGAUUUUGACGACUAGUCGUCCAAGGGAAGGACCUUGGUUAGAUUAGCUGAAUGGCAGUGUCACACCAUCUAAUAUGAUAUCGCGUUCAAUAUCAGUUCUUUUGUUCAUGAGACUGGCUUGGCUGGUUAUCUCAACUCAUUUCUUUGAUUCUGAGGCUUUUG